AUGCCCUGGAAUCCACGCCCACCCAGUAUCUUUCAUGACGAAUCAUGGUCUACACCAUGGCGUUCAUCUGAGUUUCCACCCGAGGAAGCCCUUUUCGAGCGACGCAACCGACAACAUGCAAAACCAGAGUGGAAUUUCGUGUCACACUUCUUAAACUAUCAGUCUAGUGCACCUGGAGGGUGGCCAUGGGGCUGGGCCAUCUAUCGUACCUCCUAUACAAAUACAUCCGACGAAGACUGGGCUAGAGCUAUCGAGAAACUCGACCAGGCUUGUCUGGCUGACCUCGAAUUUUACGAGGAUAUGUGGUCCAAAUAUGGUUGUACACACAUUGAAAGAGUCCGAGAAGGCUAUCGGAAUGUUAUAUUUGAGGAUUCCACCUUGGAGGGGGCGUCAGAAGCUGUUAUUCGAUGUCGGCAUACACAAUGGGUCGAAGACCAUGGCCUUAUUGUGUGCAGUGCCGUUCCUCGCCUCAACUAUCCUCUUUUAUUGGAUGACCGCUGUGUGCGGUCAAUUCUAGCUAGUGCAGAGCCGAAAAGACCAAUUACUUUGCAAUCUGAACCGGUAGGAAUGGUCGGUUAUGUUAACGUCCUUGACGGUGAUUUCGUGCUUGAAGAUCGGGAAGAAGAAGAGGGAGAGUACUACCUUGGGUUGGCACGGAUUCACCUGGAUUGUUUGUUUCGAUUCGCUGUCUAUUGUGAAAAUCUGAUGACUGAGCAGGACUGGGGCGACUGGGGUAUGGAUAACCCUGAUGAUGUGCUUUAUGUUGAUGGCUACUCAUCCGUGAUCGAGAGCAAGCAAAUGUUUCUUUCUACUCAAGAUCGAGAUAUCGAGAGGACAGCGAAUAUUACUGAGCUUGAAUACAAAGAGAACAAGAUGCUAGUUUAA